UCAAUAUGGCCAAUGGCUGCCACCUCAUCGCGGCAUGUUGGUGACGGAUGUCCUGUAACUGCACGAGGUGCGUGAUACGUUAAAUUCCUAUCUUCAGGACGAUUGUAGCGAAUCGUCAUCAACAACUGUCAGGAUGAGUCGUUCUAGUGUUAGGACCUUUCUGGCAGUUUUGCUAAUCGCUCAGGCACACGGCAUUAUGUUUUAUCUGGAAGCAAACAGUCACAAGUGUCUGAAGGAGGAAGUGCACGCAAACGUACUUGUCACGGGCGAAUACGAAGUAUCCGAAGCAUUAGGUCAGAAGACAGACUACGUAAUUCAAGAUUCCAAAGGACAUAUAUUGUCCCAGAAAGAGGAUAUUCCUCAUGGAAAACUAUUAAAGUUUUCUUUUGUUACUGAAACUUAUGAUACGUUUGAAAUAUGUUUUGUUUCGCAUGUUCCAAAUCAUCAACGAGGUGUCAGACAAGAAGUUAUGCUAAUCACAAAACGCGGUAUCGAAGCUAAGAGUUAUGAAGGCUUGAUCGGCGAGGCAGCCAAGCUGAAACCAGUGGAAGUGGAGUUGAAGCGACUGGAGGACCUGUCUGAAGCGAUAGUGCAAGAUUUUGCAAGAAUGCGCAAGAAUGAGGAAGAGAUGAGAGACACAAACGAGGCGACAAAUACCCGAGUACUAUACUUCAGCUUAUUUUCGAUAUGCACCCUCUUUGCCUUGUCCACGUGGCAGCUCUUUUACUUCCGACGUUACUUCAGGAUGAAGAAACUCAUAGAGUAGACGGAGUUUUUGUUAUUCGCAACUUCGCGUUCAAAUCGUUUAACACUUUUUAUAUCCGCCGCAACAUUGAAAAUAUACAAGACAAAUAUGUAAAAAGAAUGUUACAGAUCAUGUUACCUCGUCCGGAUCGAUGUAAAAUAAAAGUCCCUUAUCAUUUCGUCGCAUACACUCCGUUAUCGACAACGCAAUAUUUAAGCGAAUAUAGGAUAAAUGAUUUCAUAAAUAAAAGAUUUAUUAAAUAUCAUAA